CUACACGGUUGUGUUUUGUGCUGUACCAAUGGCUAUUAUGCAGCGUCGAGUAAGGGUUUGAGUUUUUCUUGGUGGGAAUUUGUUGGCCACCUAAUUCCAAUCGCGAUGAGCAAAAAAAGUGAUAUAUAAUAUAUAAAAACAGUUUAUGCAGAUUCGCCCAAUUGAUAUUGAUUCGUGUUUCAGUAGCUGCAGUUUUCAAUUAUGAGGACGAUGAUUAGUUCUUUAUAAGAGAAAAUUCAGAGUCUAAUCUGGCGGAAAUCAAACAGUAGCAGAACUUUCUUCUUCUAGGUGAAACAAUCAUCCUUAAAAACAAACUCUUAUCAAGAAGGAAGUUCUGUUCAGAAGCUGAUGAAUGAGAUCUGUCAUGGAGAAAAUACUAAAAAUGGCACAUCUGGUGUUGUUGCUCGAUUAAUGGGCAUUGAUACUUCACUGCCAAAAAUUGGACCAACGGUCCAUACGAAGGAAUGUUUCGACGAAAAUUUAAGACAACAAACUCCAAACAUGUCAAAUUGUAAGGGUGCUGAAGUUGCUUUGGGCUCACUUCCGAAGAUAUCGCCUUCAAAUUGUAAGCAGCAAUAUUUCAUCCCAUCAACAAAAAGCUUGAGUUUGACAAAACCACCCCGCCGAGAGCAUCCGCACGAAGAGCAACUAAAGAAAUUCAAAAAAGAAUUUGAAGCAUGGCAGGAUUCCAAAUUAUGGGAGAUUUCAAGCAACCUUUGUCAUUACAGCGGUGAAGAUCUCGAAAAAGAACAUUUUUUUGCCCUGGAAAACCUUAAAAAGGAGAAAAUGGCAGCAUAUGCAAACACUUCUCAAAGGCAGAAGAAGCCUGUAGACACAGAGGACUGUAUUUCAGUCAAUAAGCUUAAAAUUAAUCAGAAUGAUGGAAAUUUUGGCAUAAGGAGAGAUAUAGCAGGUAAAGGAUUUGAACUUGAGUCAAGUGACAAAUUUCAGGAGAAAAAUAUUGCACCAUUUUCACCCACAAGGAUUGUGAUUCUCAAACCGAGUUCUGACUCGCCGGAGGAGCCACAGGGUGGCUCGCCUGAGGUGGUUGUUGAAAAGGGCAGAAGCAUGGAAGAUUUUCUUGAAGAGGUGAAGGAAAAGCUCAAAUUAGAAAUGGAGGGUAAGGGAAGAAUUGAUUCAACCAGGAGGUUUAGUUUAGGCCACACUUCCCUACAUGAAAAUUCGAAGAACCUAAAAAAUGCAGCCUGGGAAUCAGAGAAGCAUGGGGCAAUGCUGCGAAGAUCACAAUCUAUGAUAACUUCUAGGAAUUCAUUCCAUUGUGAUGGAGAGAAAUCCUCUAAAUCCAUCAAGAGUGCGACCAGAAAAUUCAUAUCUGAUAGACUGAAAAAUGUUUUAAAUGCAGAUUCAAUUACUGCUUUCUCCAACGAGGGAAAAGAUGAUAGCUUUUGGGAGGAUAAUAAAGCUAUGAACGAAUCAAGUCCUAAGAAUUUAAGGCUUGAACAGAUGAAAGUGGUGUCAUUGGAUGAUGAAUCUUUGUCUCCUUCAAACUUUGUUGGAUCAUUUUCUGCUUCUUUCUCAGAAGCUCAAAAACUUCAGAAACGUGAAGAAUUUAAAAAUGAUUCGGUAGUUGUUGCCAAAAAGAGAAAAAAAGAUGGCUUCAGCAUCAAAAGCACAGUUUCAAAUUUGCGACGGAAUUUGGGUCUAAAAGCCAAGUUUUUUGCAAAGAAGGUCCCUUCAAUGGGGGAUACGGCUGUCGAUGAGGUUCAUUAUGUGAAGCCGGACGAGGCAACUCCUUCAAUUAUUAAAAAUUUUGGUAUCGUGCAGGACAACUCAACAGAAGUGCCCCCAAGUCCUGCUUCGUUUCCAUGCAGUCCAAUUAAUGUGCAUUAUAGUCCUGUGUCGCCGCUCGACGAUCUUUUUGCCGAUGAUCGCUCAUCGACACAAGUCUCAGGCGAGUUAAGCACGAUCAUUACAGAGUUAGGAAGCCAGCCCAAACUUUCUGAAAUGGAGAAAUGUGGAAUGGAAACCCAAACCCAACUUCACUACAGUAAUGAAACAAUUCUGCCUGAAGCCUGCGCAGAAGCUUACAUAAGAGACAUCCUUCUUGUUUCAGACUUGUGCAGUGCUUGUUGGCCUUUAGACCAACCAACUUCAAGGCUGGAUGGGCAAAUAAAUCCAAUCUCUUCAUGUCUUUUUGAUCAAAUGGAACCGAAGAGCCUAAACUCGAGCAAUGUAGAUGAUUACAACUCAACAUUAAGCCUCGGGGACAUCCAUAUCGAUAUUAAGAUGUUUUUAGACUUAGUUAAGGAGGCGCUGCCAAGUGCAUUUGAUGCGCCCCUGACUCAAUUCGUGUCGAAAAGAUCUACUCGUACUCGGACACAGUUUCAUCAUGGAAGAAGACUGAUUGAUGACUUGUUGGAUCAGAUUCAUGUUUAUGCAAGUCCUAAGAUUGAUCGGCCCAAAUCUGUGGAUAAGUUGGUGGUGUGGGAUUUGAAGUUGAUGCCUUGGUCAGAUGAAUCUAAUGGAGAGAUAAGUUCUUUAUGUGGGGAGGUAGAGUGGGUGAUCAUUAGAGAGUUGAUUGAUGAUUUGUUAUUAGAUAUUUUGGUUUAGUGGUCACACAAUAUGUUAUGAUUAUAUACAUUUUUGUGACAUUUUUUAUUUAUUAAAAAAUUAGCUGGUUUAG